CGUCAAAAGCGAAAAUGUUACCCGUCGUGUUCGUAUAAAUGUUGCCUCUGGGAAAUCAGAUUCGCAGUAAACAAAUGCGAAUAAUUCCGGAAAAUCGUCGCGAAUUUAGUUGAAAUUAUCUUUAUCUGAUAGUGCUCCGGAAGCUGUAUGUGGAGUGCAACCGUGCAAGUGAAAAUUCAAUCGAUUUAGUGUGGAAAACGUGCGAGUAAAAAAGUUCCCGUCGAACCAAACACCCAACAGCAGCCAAGAUGGCGAUGUCAAAGACGACCAACACGUACAAUCGUCAGAACUGGGAAGAUUCCGAAUUCCCCGUUCUUUGCCAAACGUGCCUGGGCGACAAUCCGUACGUUCGAAUGAUCAAGGAACGCUACGGAAAGGAGUGCAAAAUCUGCACCCGGCCGUUCACAAUCUUUCGGUGGUGUCCGGGGGCGCGUAUGCGUUUCAAGAAGACGGAAAUCUGCCAAACCUGCAGUAAGCUGAAGAACGUCUGCCAGACGUGCCUGCUGGAUCUGGAGUAUGGGCUUCCGACGCAGGUUCGCGACGCGGCGCUAAAGAUUCAGGAUAAGAUUCCCGAGAGCGAUGUGAACAAGGAGUACUACAUUCAGACGAUCGAGGCCCAGCUGAAGGCGGGAGGAGACAAUACUGUGGCGGCUGGGACCGUGGGGAAAUCGCUGGCCGCCAGCGAUAUGUUGGCCAAGUUGGCCCGGACAGCGCCGUACUACAAACGGAACCUGCCUCAUAUUUGUUCGUUCUGGGUGAAGGGAGAGUGCAAGAGAGGCGAAGAGUGUCCCUACCGGCAUGACAAACCCGUGGAACCGGAUGAUCCGCUGUCGGAGCAAAACAUCCGGGAUCGUUACUACGGACGGAACGAUCCGGUUGCUGAUAAGUUGAUGAAGCGGGCUGCAUCAAUUCCGACGCUGGAACCACCGGAAGACAAAACAAUUACGACCCUCUACGUAGGAAAUCUCGGUGAACACCUCACCGAAGUCGACAUCCGUGACAACUUCUACCAUUACGGAGAAAUUCGAUCCGUGUCGUUGGUUCCCCGGCAGCAGUGUGCUUUUGUGCAGUAUACGAAGCGCGCGGCCGCGGAACUCGCCGCCGAAAAGACCUUCAACAAGUUGGUCCUCGGUGGCAAGAAGCUCACCAUCAAGUGGGCCCACUCUCAGGCCAAAUCCACGGCAUACGCCCAAAGUUCCGUUCCUCGCACCAAUCGGAUAUUCGACCCGGUUCCUGGACUGCCCGGUCAGCUCCCGAUGCCUCCCAACCCGAACGACUAUUUCAAUCUUCAAGCAUCGGAAAUGGCCGUCCUUCCAGCCGGUAUGAAAAUCCAUCAGUUGCCGCCGGGUCUCAUUCCUGGUGCUCCGAGCAUGUACCAGGCGCAACCGUCCGGAUCGGGAACGACGGGACCGGCGGCGGCAGCAGCUGCCGUGGCCGCGGCUCACUCGCAACAGCAGCAAGUCAUGGUACCGUCGACGUUACCCAAUCCGGGCCAGAUGCACUACCCCAGUCAGGAUCCGGCGCGGUUAGGGGCGUUGAAAAAGUGAGGUGAGUGGGGUGGUGUGAUUGAAGAGGAUUGAGUGGGAGCAGUAUGAUAUAUCAAUAAAAGAGUUAAAGAUACUGAAA